CGCUGCGGCUGAGCGACUUCCCACCCCCAAAACCCUCUUCGCGCCGCCGCCGCCGACGUGCUCGACCGAUCCACCGCCGAGGGAGAGAGAGAGCAGCUUCGCCGUCGCCAUGGCUGGGACGAAGCCCAGAGGGAAGCCGAAAUCCAGGGCUCUGGUUGCCGGGGCAGCUCACGGGGGGAAGGAGAAGAAGGGCGUGACGGGCGGGGCGGGGAAGCGCGGGGACAGGCGCGGCGGCCGCCAUGGCCCGCGCCUCCCCACGGCGCUGCGCCGGCAGCUCGACGCGCUGGGGCCCGGCACCUCGAGGGGUUCCGACGAGGACGAGGAGGCCGGGUCCGACGACGAGGGGGCACACGACGUGUACGAGUACGAGGAAGGGGUCCCCGAGGAGGAGGCCGGGAAGAACGGCCGCUACGACGCCGUCGAGAAGUACGAGUACGAGUUCGACAGCGACGCCUCCAAUGCGGAUGAAGACGUGCCAUCAGAUGAAGGUGAGGAUAUGGAGGAAGAUGAUGCCGGCGAGGAUGAAGAUGAGGAGAAGCAGAUAAGAAUACUUCAGGAGACGACUGGCAUGCCUAGGGAAGCGUUUGAUGGGGGUAAGAGGAAGAAACAGCCAUUGGAGCUGCCGUUUCAGCCUGGAGUUGGAGAUGGUCCAGUCACAAUUCAUGAUCUCUUGAAUAAUAUUCAGGGUAAGCCUGGGUAUAGCAAGCUCCGAAAGAGGCUGCAACAGCAGGAGAAAAAGCCAAUAGUCGUGCAGGCCCCACUUGCAAAAGUGGAGAGAGAGAAGCUCGAGCGUGGUGUGGUAUACCAGCAAUCCAAGAAGGAGGUCACCAAGUGGGAGCCAUUAGUUAAGAGGAACCGUGAGGCACCCACACUCUACUUUGAAAAUGAUCUCAACUUAGGGGUUAACACAGUUGGGGCAAUAGCUAGUGAAUUUAAACCAAGAAAUGAAUUUGAGAAGCAGAUGGCUGAGAUUAUGCGUAGCACAGAAAUGAUGGAAGCACACAAGAACGAUGGUGUUAAAAUACUGGAACUUAACAAGAUUGACAUGGAAGAUGUGAGAGAACGUCAAAAUCGACUUGCUAAAAUGCGCAGCCUUCUGUUCCGUCAUGAGAUGAAAGCAAAACGGAUAAAGAAGAUCAAGUCCAGGACUUAUCACCGGAUGUUGAAAAAGGAUAAACUGAAGGCAGCAUCAGCAGACUUUGAGGCAGAUCCGGAAGCUGCCAAAGAGCAUGCUAUGAAACAGGAAUUUAAACGUGCAGAGGAACGAAUGAGAUUAAAGCACAAGAAUACUUCCAAAUGGGCUAAGCGAAUCUUGAAGCGUGGAUUGGAUGUUCAAGAUGAAGGCACUCGUGCUGCUAUUGCAGCACAACUCCAACAAAAUGCUCUUCUUACUAGAAAAAUGAAUUCCACAAAAGACGAUUCUAGUAGUAGUGAGGAAAGUUCUGAUGAUGAGGAAGAUGACGAUGAAUCAGAAGCAAACAUUCUGAACAAAGGAAAAGAAAAGAUUCUUAAAAUUCUUGGGGAUGAUAAUGAGAUACCAACAUCUGGAGUCUUUUCGUUGCCUUUCAUGGAGCGCGCUAUGAAGAAGCAUGAGGAAGCAACUUAUGAGGAAGCACGGCUAGCUCUAGAAGAGUGUGAUGAAUCAUUGAGGAAAUUGGAGGAUGGUAACACUGAAGAGAAUGGAGAUUCAGUGAAGGUUACUGGUAAAAGAACUUUUGGACCUGCCGAAGAUACAAACAAAGUGACAAAUAAGAAGCAAAAAUUAGAUGACGGCGACAAGAACAGUGAUAGCGAAUAUGAGUCUGACUCUGCUCAACAUCUGGAUGACAAUGAAGUACAUAAGAUAGAUGAUGUGCAAAUUGGGACUGCACUCCUGGAUGAUGAUGAACCACAGGAUGAUCUGUUCAAAAGCUUCGAUGAUAUUAUAAAAAAUCCUGGCCGCAAAACAACUGUUGAAGUUGGAAUGUUAGCUGAUAAUUCAUGGAAGAAGUUCAAGAGUAGCAAAGGAAAUGAUGGGAGCAAUACCAAUGGUGAUAUAGAUAAAUCCACAGUGAAGGUUUCUUAUAUGGCAGACCAAAAGCUUAAGCAAUUGGAUCACAAUUCUGAUUCAGAUUCGGAGGAUGAGAUGGUUGAGGGUUUAUUGACCAUCUCCGAUGCAAAGGAAAAUUAUAAAAUUCCGUCGCAAGCUGAUCUUAUACGCCAGGCUUUUGCUGGUGAUGAUGUUGAGGCUGAAUUUGAGAAGGACAAACUGGAUGUUUUAAAUGAAGAGAAUCCUGAACCUGAAAAACCUGCUCUUGUUCCUGGUUGGGGACAGUGGACUGACAUUCAACAGAAAAAAGGACUUCCUUCUUGGAUGGUGAAAGAACAUGAAAAUGCGAAAAGGAAGAGGGAAGAAGCCUUGAAGAGGAGGAAGGAUGCUAAGCUCAAGCAUGUUAUCAUUUCUGAACAUGUUGACAAGAAGGCUGAAAAGCUUUUAGUGAGGAAUCUGCCUUUUCCUUACACUUCAAAGGAUGUAUAUGAGCAGAGUAUCCGUAUGCCUAUUGGACCUGAUUUCAAUCCAGCGAUAUCAGUUGCUGCUCUCAAUCGACCUGCGAUUGUUAAGAAGCCUGGAGUUGUUAUCAAGCCAAUACAAUAUGAAGAGGUUGAUCCCCAUGAGAAGCCUGAUGAACCGAAAAGGGUCAUCCAGAGAGCUGUUCCAAACCCCAAAGCAAAGAGAACCUCUGCGAAGCAAGCAAAGGCGAUAGCUUCAAAUAAGAGGAAGUGAUGGGACCUGGCAAUACUUCCAACGUAUAAUCGUUCAUUAGUUUGAUGAUGUAAAAGGUGAGAACAUAGCACCUAAAAGAAGAGGGAGGAGACACAAACAUAACCGAGCUGAUUUUCGUCGCGGCGAGUUUGAAACAAACACCUGGAAGUGUAUAGGUAUUCUCAUCAAAAUGAGAGGUUUGUAUGGCUCAUGGAAAGUAUGCGAUUUGUGGCGCGUGGAAAGUAUGUAUGUUGCUGUAGUGCAGCAGUGAAAUUUUGCUACACGGAGAGUCACUCUAACUCUAAUUUGUUCUGUUUUGGCGCAGAUAUGAAGUAGAGUACUCUGUACUCAUAAAUUUUGUAACUCCCGGCAAGUGUUGUCCGGGCUGCAUUUUUCUGCUCCUAGGAAAGCAACUAUCGCGUCUCUGAAUUGAAAUGAUGGCAUGAUGUCCGACCAAGUGCUAAUUAGGGAUGAA